CACCCAGCAUGCGACUGAAAGAUACUCUACUUGUUUUAGUGCUUAUAGUUUAUCUGCUCAACUUAAUGCUGCUAAACAGAUGAGCUCUGAUCUGACAACUCGUCUUUUAGUCUUGUCUAGUUACAAAGUUUUUGUCCUCCACUGAAAAGAAAAACUCCUCUCACUCCGGUUCCUUCCUUUCGGCUCCUCCUCCGGCUGACUCAUAAGGAGUAGACCAAUCGUCUGCUUUAAUCUGCAGACCCCAAUCAGUGUGAUGAGAAUCACCUGGUCUACCUGCAUAAAAAUGAAGUCAAGCCUUUAGUUUACAACGUGCGUGUUUGUUUUAUUUUAUUUUUUUAUUUUUGUCUCUUGUUUACUUUUACUUUACAAAAAAAAAAAGCGAUGCCUCCCAAAAAACAAGCAGCGGAUCCUCAGCCUAGUUCAAAACCCGUUCCUGCUGAAAAGCCCGAUGAGAAGAAAACAUCUGCACGCGCCGUGGCGGUGCGAAAACCCGCAACUCAUCCGUCCACAUUCGUCAUGGUGAAAGAGGCGCUGAAAGCCCUGGACUCACGCAAAGGGGUUUCCUCCCAGGCCAUACAGAACUACAUCAAACAGAAGUACCCCACUGUGGAUCCGGCGAGGCUGAAGCACUUGGUCCGCAGACUGUUGAAGAACGGAUUAUUGAACGGGACGCUGGUGAGGCCCGUCAACGCCACCGUCACCACGGGCGCGUUGGGGAAGUUCAGGCUUGCGCCAAAAGUUCAAGAGGUGAAGCUGAAAACUGAGAAUACUAAUCCAAAUGUGCAGAAGCCCAAAGCUGGGGCCAAGAAGACCCAGACAGAAGAUGCCAAGAAGAAGAAGCCAACAAACGAAAAGGCAAAAUCUACAAAGAACCCAAAGCCUCCGAAAACCACAAAGGAUGAGGCAGGUGCUCCUUCAAAGGUUCCUCCAGCAAAGAAGCCAAAAGCUAAAAAAGUGGAGGCGAAGGAAAGCAGUGCUGGAAGCUCUGAGCCAACCAAAAAUAAGACUGCAAAGGCCAAAGGGGCAAAAACGGAGAAGAAAACCCAAAGUAAGGCUGUGAAGUCGGGCAGUGAUGCCCCUGCAUCUAAAACUGCUGGCAAACGAGUGAAGAAGACUGUGUAAAAUAAGGAAACUUAAUUAAUUAUUUUUUUAGAUAUUUGUUUACAAUAAAUGUGUGGUUUUGGCUUUUCUAUU